UGUACACACACACACACACACACACUAAAGGAAAUGUGGUGCUUCAUGAUAAAGUGUUGUAAAGUGCUGUUAUAAAGUGGUGUGUGAAGUGAGGAUCAGUGUGUGUCAUUUCAGCAGGAGAAGCACAGCUGUAAGGAUGCUCCUCUUCCUCUUCCUCCUCAUGUCCCAACACUCUAUUAUAACAGCCAUUAGUAGUUGCCACAGCGACAGGAACACAGACCAUCUGCCUCGUGUGAGCUGUGUGAGUCAGGGUCUCGCUGCAGUGCCUGAUGGGAUAGAUCCUGGAACACAGGUACUCGUCCUCUCUCAGAAUGUGUUUGUCUCUCUGUCCUGGGCAGCCUACACCAAAUUCUCACAACUGCAUGAGCUGGACCUGAGCCAAAACCUGAUCAGCACCAUUGACCGAUCAGGUCCUGUGCUGGAACACCUGCGCGUGUUAUGGCUGUCUAAUAACAGUCUGACGGGUUUGGGCAGAGCUGCAUUUAACUCCACCCCUUCUCUCAUGGAGGUCUAUUUGGAUGGAAACAACAUCAGUUCCCUUGACAAUGCGACCUUCAGUGACUUGCCACAACUUGAGGUCAUUGACCUUUCACGUAAUAAGCUGCACGUCCUGCCCACCGACUUGCUGGAGCACAUUUCCUCCAGCAUCCUGAAACACUUUAAUCUGCAGGAGAAUUAUGUCCAGCACCUUCCUGACAAUUUUUUUGCUUCAAAACGAGACUUACCGUAUGUCUUCCUUUCCUAUAAUUUGUGGGUUUGCACCUGCCAGGUAAGUUACCUGCAGCAAUUCCUGGACAAUGAGGCUCAAAACAUUUAUACACAAAAAGGAGGCUCCGUCAUCGAGAAUGACCCUGAGACUGUGGUGUGUUCUGCUCCACUCACACUGCAGGGACGACCUAUAAUAGACCUGAAGGAGGAGGAGUAUUGCGGUUCUUUCACCUCCGACACAACUCAACUAAUGAGUAUAAUACCCACAGUACUAACUAAAACCAUCAUCCCAACAACUACACCCACAGCCAUUCUAACAACUACACCAAUUACUACUCCUAUUUUAACUACAUCAACAACCAAAAAACCAACAACUAGUACACCCACAACCACUGAACCAGCUACACCAGUAACCACUGAAAAAGUUAUACCAUCAACUACACCUACAGCCAUUUUAACAACUACACCAAGUACUGCUGCAUCCAGUACCACUCCUAUUUUAACUACACCAACAACCAAUAAACCAACAACUAGUACACCCACAACCACUGAACCAGCUACACCAGUAACCACUGAAAAAGUUAUACCAUCAACUACACCUACAGCCAUUUUAACAACUACACCAAGUACUGCUGCAUCCAGUACCACUCCUAUUUUAACUACACCAACAACUAGUACACCCACAACCACUGAACCAGCUACACCAGCAACCACUAAAAAAAUCAUACCAUCAACUACACCUACAGCCAUUGUAGCAUCUAUACCAAGUACUGCUGCGUCCAGUACUACUCCUAUUUUAACUACACCAACAACCAAUGACUUAACAUUUAUUAAGCCAGUUUCCAUGGUGACACAGCCGGCAGGAGGGGCUCUAUCAGUACACGGAGGUGGCCAGCGCUCAGUGGUGUGGUGCUUGUGGUUAUUUAUCACUGUUUUGCUGCAGUGUAUUUUCUCUGCCUGUUUCUCCUGCAUGCUCUUAAUCUGGCUUGUCAUCAUUUACAUCACACUUUACCAACCAAUCAAACAGCAAGUCCUCAGCAGCCAAAGAGUGACCCUAAAAACAUACCAGGUCGCAUCAGAUGAGUCACUGACAGUGGAUACAACUAAGGAAGAGAGAGUGAAUUUUUUACCCCCAGACAUGAUACGGGAAGCUCAGCCAGUGUUCCGUUCUGUGCUGUUCAUCUCAAAAGAAGCUGAGGAUGGUGUAAGGAUAGAGGGAAUGAGAAAUGAGGAUCAAGAAAAGAAAAGAGGAACUGAUGCAGUGACUAAAAUAGACCUGCUGCCGGCAGUGACUCUGCACAGAGAACAACAAACGGAAAGCAAUGACAUGGAAAAAGUGUUCAGGAAAACUUUAUACAGGGUGAUAAGCCAAGAGGAAGAGAUAGAAGACUGGAAGGAGGUGGAGGAGAGCUGCUGGGGGAUGACAGAAAGAGACAAAGGGCGAGAGGGAGGAGCGGAGAGAAGAAAAAAACGGUACAGCUUGAUCCUCAGGGAGGAGAGAGAGAGUGUGAUGGAGGGCAGGAAAGGAGAGAAAGAGUGGCUGGUGGGUGAGUGGGAGAUGAGAGGAGGACAGGAAAACUGGGAAUCUCUAAUUAGGAUGAAAGAAGGGGGUGGUCUUUCUGACUCCACCCACAUGGACCCACCUAAGCCAGUGGCAGAAACAUCAGUCUGAAGUUUUAUUCUAAUGAGGUCCUCACAGCUUUCCAGCAUCACUAUCUAAACACACACAUACACACACACACACAAGGCUUUGGCUCUCCCUCAGCUCUCACCUCUGAUUUCUGCUGCUGCUCACUGCAACAGAAGAAAAGUCAUGAGCACAUUCGAGCUCAGCCGCAUGAUUCCUUCCUCGACUCCAUUCACAACAUGGCGCUCGGCCACGCCCCUAUUUCCACAAUAUAGUUUGCUAAUUUUGUUACUUUUACACAUUUUUUUUUCGUUUUGCUUAUCGAUUUUAUUUCUGCCUUGUAGUGAAAUUUCAUCAUUUGUGUCCAUAUUUAAUUCUGUAUGUGUUGCAUAGAAAAAUUACAGAAUAAAAAGAUUAUUUUAAAAGAUAAUUAUCGAAUGCAUGUAAGCUGAUAUUUGAAUUUUAUUUUUUAUGAAUGCAUCUUAUAUUCUUUUUAUAUUUAUUCCAUUUGCAUGAGAAUUUUUAUACAGCAUUAAUCAGCCUGAUUCUAUAACCUGCAUUCACACAACACUGACACGACUGAUGCUAUAAAUUGCCAACAUCAGUAAAUGAAAAAUACUCAUGCUCAUUUUAUUCAAAUGCAUAAGACACAAAGUAUAGACAUUUCAUGCCCUCAAACUUGUGGAAAAAUUCAAUGCGAGGUGCCAAUUAAUAUAAUUAAUAGUAAUUACAUUGCCAAUGAAAACCAGCAGGAAACAGACAAAAGCAGGCACAGCUGUUAAAUAAACGAAUAAAAAACAAAUUUAACUUAAUUUUUUUUAUUUAACUUAAUUUGUUCAUUUAACUUAUGUUCACUCACCCAUGACAUCUCUAAUUAAUCUUUUCAUUUUUUAAAGUCUAAUUUUAAAGUAGCAUCAUAUUCUUUUAAUAUAGAUGAAAUACAAUUUAAUCUGCCAAAAAAGAGACAGCAGCACAAUGUAUAGAUCAUACAUAUGGCUGUUGCUGAUCUUUCAGCUGCUCCCUAUGUGUGUGAGGGGUCACUAUGGCAGACCAACUGUUUGGACACUGGAUGCCACAACCCUCCCAUUUUUACCCAGGCUUGGGAGCAGCACUGCAGCCAGUGGCUGGGAAUCAAACCCAGGCCUUCUGCAUGGUAGGCAAGAAACCUAUCACUGAGCCACCAGCAGCCUGUUUAGAUCGUACAUAUAAACUGGGAAAAUAAAAGGCUUAUAAGGUUAAAAACAAACAACAAAAAUACACACAUUUUUAGGUUUUUAGAGACUUUGUAGCUUUUGGAUUUGACAGUUAGUUUAGUGUUUCAAUAUACAAUUUUUGUUUCUAAUUUAAUCUGGU